AGAAUUGUUUGUUUUUUGUUUUUGUCAAAAUGUUAUAUAUGGGUAAACUAAAUUAAUUUUUAUAAUCUUAUUAAAAUAUACAUAUUCCUAUUUUAUUGAAUCCAAAAAAAAAGAAUUUCUUUCAUAAUGCAUUUUUCAAAAAAUCCUUCAAAAGAAGAGAUUCACUUGUUAGAAGAAUUGUCGGUUGGAACGGAUGUUAGAGAAAACUCCGUUUUAUCUCAAGUACCAAAAUGGGAUAUGUUACAAAAAUCAAAAAUAAUAUCGUCAUCUUCUUGCUCCCUUUUACUCACAUUACAUACCUUACCUUUACUCGAGUGUAUCAAUACAAUUCGUUCGACAGAUGAACUCCUGAUGUUACCACUCACAUUGCUUGAAUCCACAUCGCUUCCUUCAAUGUACCUACAGUAUACGUUAACCCUUUAUCAUGAUGUGAUUCGCAGUGAUACAUCUUUGUUGGAUAAAAUGUUACCUAAAACAAAAGGGGAACGAAUUAUUAAAAAUUUUCGAUUAUGUUUCACCAGAAACGAUUUAGAAUCCUUUUGUCUCGAUAAAGCUGCAUUUCUCUUAACCUCACUUAUCGCUCGAGCCAAUGCUGAUUACUUUUCUUCAACUCUAGUUACUGACAUUAUCAUGAAUAUUCUUAACGGUACAUGGAAAUUAACAAGUUAUGGUCAAUUAGACUCUUUAAAAAAUUUAAUGAAAACAAAUCGAUUUCGAGCGUGUAUAUGGGAAGAUGCAAAAGCACAAGAAUUGAUUUUAACACACCUAGAUGCCUCUAAAAAUAUUGUUUAUCCCGCUGUUUUUUGUGCGUGGGUGGCGUCUUUUGAUCCCAAAUUAUUAAAGGUGUUUAUGCAAUUGGGUGGUUUAUUAAAACUUUGUACCUUACUACGCAACAGCAAAAUAGAGAAAGUCAUUCGAAUCAGUCUUCGUCUGUUGACCAAUUGUCUUUUAAAUGAUGAGGCUCUUGAAGCACUAAUUGAUGAAAAUGUUGUUCAAACGCUAACACGCUUAGAAUAUGAAAAAUGGCGUGACGAAGAAUUAUAUACUGAUAUAUCAAAUCUUCUUGUUGCUUUUCAACAAAAAACCAAACUUUUAAAUAAUUAUGAACGAUAUUGCCGAGAAUUAGAAACCCAAAAAUUACAUUGGUCAUUUUUACACUCGGAAAAAUUUUGGAGAGAAAAUGUUGUCUUUUUUGAGGAAAAUGAGUUUAGUACUAUAAAAAAAUUAGUUCUUUUACUGCGCUCAAAUGAUCCUAUUACUGCGGCGGUCGCCUGUUUUGAUAUAGGGGAAUUCGCUCGUCUUCAUCCCAUGGGAAAAAGUGUUAUACAAAAAGCACGAGCAAAAGAAUUAGUCAUUUAUUUAAUGUCUCAUAAAAAUAGAGAUGUGUCACGCGAAGCUCUUCUUUGCGUUCAAAAAAUAAUGUUAAAUCAUUGGCGAGCAGCCGUCGCAGCUACAUAAGCGGCAUGGAAACCUUCUUUUUACUUUGUUUAAAUUAAAGAACUAAAACCAAAAAGAAA